AUGAUGAGCAUUGUCUCAAGUCAUCAUCACUGUCAACCAUCGAUUAUACACGAACGGUGCGGUAUAGGAACAGUAUCUAAGGUUUCUUGUUCGAGAUAUUGCAGUCCGUGUUUCUCUGGAAGUUUGGCUUUUUCUCAUAGCCUCUGCUUGAAGAGUACUUUUGGGAAAACUGCUAGGAGAAGUUUUUCAAGAAUUUGCAGUAUUGUUGAUGACGGGGUGAAUCCAGAUAACGCGGAUGACGAGGAAAAGGAAUCACUCGAUGAUAAAACCAAAAGGCAAGCGAAUGAUAUGAAUCGGGCAAAUCUUGAGAGAAUGGUUGGGUCGGAUGAUUCUGCUUUUAACGGCUUAGAUCUUGCAACUCUCAUCAGGCAGAAGUAUGGAAGAUCUUACGAUGUUCAGCUCAUUAAGAAGGAGUUCAUGGGGCGGAAUCUUCUUGCAAUGAAUGUCAUGUGGAAGUACAGAGAACAGAGGUCUUUCCCUCUAACGGAAGAAGAAUACAUACUGAGACUUGACGAUGUAGCCAACAUGUUGAAGUGCUGGGGAGCGGUCUCACAUAUUCGUAACAGCCUAGCAAAGUCAAAGGAGCGGCCCCGGAUAGGGAAGGCUGUCAGCAUUUUCAUAGACAUGGAUUCGACAGGGGGACGAGCAAACGAAUGGAUUUACAAGUAG